AUGACGAGCAACUCGUCGCCGCCGGCAAAACAGAAUGCUGCGCCGGCUCCGCGCGAGAAGCCGCGCCAGUCUCUCACGAAACGCUAUCGCACCGAAAUUGCAGCCAGCAGCUCCAGCGUCUUUUCCACCCUUGUCGCAUUCCCUCUCGACAGCGUCAAGACGCGCAUGCAGACGUACCAAUAUCGUGGCUUUCUCGAUUGCGUGAAGCAAACGUACAAGAAAGAAUCUUUGGGCGGCUUUUUUCGGGGCGUGACAGCCCCCAUGGCCAGCAUCACUCUGGUCCGAACUGUCUCAUUUUCGAUAUACCAACGAGCAAAAUACGCCUACGCCGGAUGGGUCAAGAAGAAUACUGGUUUCGACAUUUUACGCCACGUCAAUAAGCCGGGUAAUUAUCCAAACAUGUACUCAAUCGCCUGCUUCGGCGCGGCCGGUGCAACGGCUGGGGCUGUUAUACCCAUACUGGCCUGUCCGUUUGAGCUCAGCAAACUCAGUUCGCAAGUUGCUGUUCUGCUAGCAGAGCGCGGCGGGGCCAAGAAGCAGAGCGCCGCCAUUGCGCAGAGUUAUCAGAACAAAGGCACUUUAAGAACAAUGGCCACUAUUGUAAAGCAUCGAGGCGUCUUGGGCCUCUAUACUGGCUUCCGAUUACAUCAAUUGCGAGACACCAUCGGAACCGGCAUUUACUUUAUGGUCUAUGAAAGUGGAAAGCAACUCGGAACUACAUUUGCGGGAGACAGCAGUAACAAGCUCGCUGUUGUCGCUGCGGGUGGCUCCUGCGGCCUUAUUUCCUGGGCCAUAAUAUAUCCAAUCGACUCGGCCAAGAGCAUUUAUCAGCGCAAUUCGCUUCUCUACGCACGGGGCGAAAAAGUCGAACCCGCACCGAAAAUCACCUUUCUCAAGCGCGACAUGUACCGCGGACUGGCAGUGUCCAUGAGCCGCUCAUGCGUUGUCAAUGCCAUCUUCUUUUCGUCGUUUGAGUUUAUCAAGAAGCACAUCAAAGACAACGGCUAA